AGGGGCUGGGCAAAGACCAUCCUAAGUACCUCACGUGUCUCAGCAAAGAGGAAGCAACAGGCGGGAGAGGAAAGGGAGUGGAAAUAAAUGUUCAAAUUUUACAUCCUAUUGAACUCUGCCAGGGAGGGGCUGCUGGCUCCAUAAUCACUUGUCACAACCACUAAGCAUGUUUUGCUGAGGCAGACAAGUGAAUCCCCAAGGAUCCACAUACCCAAAACUCCAUCUCACUAUCCACAUGACACGUUGCUGAAAGCCUCUACUUCGGUGACACCAGGGCCAAUCAUCUAACUCGAUGACAAAAUCUUAAUGACUAAGACACUGGUGGCUGGGGCUGAGGUGCCUGAGUCAGGCUGGGGGUUGGGUUGCCUCAGUUACAGGAAGUCAAAGAUCUAUUUCCUCUUUUUCCAAAUGAACGAAGGCAGAGGGUAUAGGGUUGAUUGAGCAGGCAGCUGGUACUGACACAGAACCAAGCUGGACUGGACUCUGGGUGGAGGCUGUUCUGUCAUGAGGUUGGCUGUGCUCUUCUCUGGGGCCUUGCUGGGUCUACUAGCAGCCCAGGGGACAGGGAAUGACUGUUCUCAUAAAAAAUCGGCCACUCUGCUGCCAUCCUUCACGGUGACACCUACAGCUACAGAAAGUACAACAAGCCCUGGAACAACCAGCCACAGAACGACCAAGAGCUACAGAACGACCACUUACACAGCUACCACCACUCAUAAGACUACUGCCACCACUCAUAAGACCACCACCACUCAUAAGACCACCACCACAGGCACCACCAGCCACGAGUCUUCAACAGCCACUCACCAUCCUGCUACCACCACCAGUCACGGAAAUGCCACAGUUCAUCCAACAAGCAACAGCACUGCCACCAGCCCAGGACCCUCCACCAGAUCCCCCCGCCCAGGACCACCUCCACCCUCUCCAAGUCCUAGCCCCGGCUCCAAGGAGGCGAUAGGAGACUACACUUGGACUAACGGUUCCCAGCCAUGCAUCCGGCUCCAAGCCCAGAUUCAGAUUCGAGUUCUGUACCCAACCCAUGGUGGAGGAGAGGCCUGGGGAAUCUCUGUUCUGAACCCCAACAAAACCAAGGCCCAAGGGGGCUGUGAAGGUGCUCAUCCCCACUUGCUCCUCUCAUUCCCCUAUGGACAGCUCAGCUUUGGAUUCAAGCAGGAGCCAAUGCAGAGCACCGUCUACCUGAACCAUGUGACUGUGGAGUACAACGUGUCCUUCCCCCAGGCAGCGCAGUGGACAUUCUCCGUUCAGAAUUCAUCCCUUCGAGAUCUCCAAACCCCUCUGGGCCGGAGCUUCAGUUGCAGAAACGCAAGCGUCAUUCUUUCACCAGCUUUCCACCUUGACCUGCUCUUCCUGAAGCUACAAGCUGCUCAGCUGCCCCCCACAGGGGCCUUUGGACCAAGUUUCUCUUGUCCCAGUGACCAAUCCAUCUUGCUGCCUCUCAUCAUUGGCCUGAUCUUACUCGGCCUCCUCACCCUGGUGCUUGUUACCUUCUGCGUCGUCCGGAGACGCCCACCCACUUACCAGCCCCUCUGAGCAUCUGUCCCAACAGCCAGGGCACCAGGAGGUGCCCUCAUUUCUCACCACUCAACUGACUCAGAGACAAAGUUAUCUUCCUUCCCUGUCUUGAUGAACAAAAGUAGAGAUAAUGCAAUCGGGAGGGAUGAGGAGAGAGAUGUUUAUCACAUACGACUGAUUCCCCCUCCCCCAUCUCCAGUGGGAGAAU